AUGGCUACUUUCAUCAUUAGUGAGCCUCCUCAGGCAGUCCUGCACACAUUGCUCAAUGCAGAUGGGUCAGCAACAUACAGCGCGCCACAUAAGAGCUACAAAGUCGUCGCUGGGGUCAAUUACCCAGUCGAAGUCCCGUACCGAUCUGAUGAGAUGCCUGAGUCGACCUUGAUUGAGGUCAAUCUCAGGCCACACAAUGGUGUCGGAAUGGUCAAGGAGCGACAUGUCGAAGAGCUCAUCAAACGAACGCUUCAAGCCAUUGUGCUUGGCGAGGAGACUCCACGAACCAUGUUGCAGGUCACUCUCCAAGUCGUGUCUGUCGAGAGUGACGAGAGCCUACCCGGUGGAGUCAAAGGGGGCGGGCAAGGUGAGACUUAUCUCGACUUGCUUACUUCAGCACUCAAUGCUGCUAUUCUCGGUUGCUUAGAUGCAGCGGUGCAGAUGAGGACAUUGGCUGCUGCAGCACUCGUAGGCAUCAGCAGUGGGAAUGGCGCGGUUGUCACCAACCCAGGGGUUUUGCAACGAAAGAAUUGCGCUAGCUUGCAUAUGUUUGCCUUCAGCAAAGAUGGCAGAACGUUGUUGAUGGAGAGUGAAGGCAAGUUCAGCAUGGAGAGUUGGCAACAAGCAGCACAUGCUGCUCGCUUAGCAGUCCUUGGUCACUCCGUUGUCACCGACGCCCGCACCGUCACCGGCACCAGUACCAAUGCAAGCGAUGUCAAUAAACAUUCAAACGGAGAUGUUGCCAUGAAUGGAACAGACGCUACGACUGGAAACAACUCGGUUAUCUGUGUGCUGGAUGUGAUAAGAAAAGCUAUGGAAGCCCGGGUGAUUAAGGACGAAAGCUGGCGACAGGAUUGA